UUGGUGAAUGAAGAGGGUGGCUUUGAUGCAGUCUGCAGAGAAAGGCGCUGGACUAAGAUAUCUGUCAAGAUGGGCUUUGCUCCUGGAAAGGCCAUUGGCUCUCAUCUGCGGGCACACUAUGAGCGGAUCCUCUACCCGUAUAACCUUUUCAAGACUGGAGCCAACCUGCCUCAGAAGGCCACCUUGACUAAUGACACAAAAGACAAAGAGUACACCCCUCAUGACCUGCCACAGCGCCAGUCUGUCCAGCCUCAAGAGACAUGCAGCAUCGCUCGUCGUGCUAAACGAAUGAGAUCCGAAAAAGGCUAUUUCAAAAGUGAACCUGAAGAAAUAUGUGAGAAUCGUCCCAAUCUGAGAAGAAGAAUGGGAACAUAUGUUGCUAAACCAGAACCAGUGACAAUGGCUGUUUUUGAGGUGAAACAGGAGCCAAUUGAAGACAUGAAUCCUAAAGAAUAUGAAGAAACUGUAAUAAAUAAAAUAAACAAACCUACGGUGAAUAAAAUGCCCAGUGGCCGGAACUGUGUCAAUCACUAUCGCCAGCUGAGCAGAUACUGUGUCUUCUCUCAUGACGAAAUGGUUUGUAACAUGGCCCUAAAGGCAGAGUCCAUGGAUGUUGACCUGGCGUCGGCUGUGCAGGAGGACAUGGCCACCAUGAUGCAAGAGGAGAAGCAAUUACGAGAAAAGAUCAGCAAAAUGGGUGUGGUGCAGUCUCGACAAGUUGAUUACGAGGUGCUCCCAGAUGAGGAGCGGCAGUGCUUCAAGUGUCGGACCACCUGCUACCUGUCUGGCAUCACCUGUGCCUGCAGCCCUGACAAGAUGGCUUGUUUGUACCACGCCCAGGACCUCUGCUCAUGUUCUCAUAGUAACCUCACACUCCAUUUCAAGUUUAACUUGGAUGAACUGUACACCAUGCUGGCAUCAGUAAAACUGCGCGCAGAGUCAUACAAAGACUGGAUUUGUAGUGUUCAGGACAUCGUGGAGAAAAAGGAAACUAAGAAAAGAGGUUUAGAAGAGCUUCAUUGUCUGGUGGAACAAGCGGAGACAAAGGUGUUCCCUAAAACCAGCCUCCUGGAGCAGCUGCGCACCAUCACCUCAGAGGCUGAUAAAGUGGCUGUGAUGGCUCAGCAGCUUCUCAAUGGAAAGAGGCAGACAAGGUAUCGUUCUGGAGGAGGAAAGUCUCAAAGCCAGAAUGAGCUGACCGUGGAGGAGCUGAGAUCCUUUGUCCAACAACUGGACAACCUGCCAUGUAACAUCCGACAGGCUCCUUUACUGAAGGACCUCCUCACCCGGGUGGAUGACUUUCAGCUUCGCAGUGAGCGUCUCCUUUCUGAUGAGUCACCUAGCCCACAGGGGUUGCAGGACCUGCUGGAUUUAAGUUUGGGCCUGGACGUGGACCUGCCGCAGCUGCCCCUGCUCAGGGAGAGACUGGAGCAGGCGCGAUGGCUGGAGGCUGUGCAGCAAGCCAGCAGCAGGCCGGAGUGCCUCUGUCUGGACACCAUGAGGAGGCUGAUAGACCAGGGCGUGGGCCUAGCUCCUCAUAGCUCUGUAGAGAAGGCUAUGGCCCGUCUGCAGGAGCUGCUGACGGUGUCAGAGCAGUGGGAAGAGAAGGUGCUCGGCCUCAUGGAGGCCAGGCCACAUCACAGCUUAGAUACACUGGAUGCUGCCCUACAAGAAGUGGAAAACAUCCCUGCUUAUCUGCCAAACUGUCUACAGCUGAAAGAGGUUGUCUGCAAGGCCAAGAAAUGGCUGCAUGAAGCAGAAACCAUCCAGGUGGGGGGACGUAUUCCUGUGCUGGACAGCCUCUCGGAGCUGGUUCUCAGAGCAGAUGGCAUCCCGGUGAGGCUUGACCCCCUGAACCGACUGGAAGCGCUGGUCAGUGACGUUCAGAGCUGGAAGGAGAGUGCAGCAAAAACAUUCCUACUAAAAAAUUCCAACUUAUCUCUUCUUGAGGUUCUUUGCCCAAGAUGUGAUGUUGGCUUUGGGCAUCAAAAGUCAAGAUCUAAGAAAGUGAAGGAAGCUUCACAAGCCACUAAGAAAUCUUCGACAAAACUGGAGUCAUUGUCUGAUGUGGAGAAAGUUCUCUCUGAAAGCAGAGACUCUGCCUCUGCUAUGGCCACUCUUGCUGAGGUCCGACAGAGGGAGAUGGAGAUAUUGUUGGCUGUGAGAGCUUCAAAUGAGUCCAAGCUUCUGCCUGCUGAAAACUGUUCUGCUCUUAGUGUUUGCGUUUGCCAAAAGGCCCCUUCAGGCGGCAUGGUGCAGUGUGAGCUCUGCCGAGACGUUUUCCACUGCGGCUGUGUCUCAGCAGCCGAAGACCUCGAGUACGGCCAAGCCUGGCUUUGCCCACUUUGCCAGCGGUCAAGGAAACCCCCUCUAGACAAGGUUCUGCCCUUGUUGGCCUCACUGCAGAGAAUUCGUGUUCGCUUGCCAGAAGGCGACGCCCUGCGCUUCCUCAUUGAGAGGACAGUGCGAUGGCAGCACAGAGUCCAGCAGGCCUGUGCAGAGGGAGUGCUGGAAAGGGUGACGGCGAUGGGGAAAGUUGGGUCCAGAAUGUCUUCAUAUCUGACUCAGGAAAUAAACGGAUCAUCUUUUCAUACUAAGCACCAAUCUGUACCAGUCCAAGGGCUCGGUCCUGAGCUGGAGGAACUGAUGGUGGAGGGAUUCCUGCUACAGGUCACUUUGCCUGAGACAGAGCAGCUGUACAGGUACCUGCUGUACAAACUGGUCCCGCUGCCUUCACACAGCUCGCCCUGUGGGAACCACACAGAAGAGUCCCAGAGUAUGAGUCCCCAGCACAACAAGAACGGAGUUUCCAGUCUGAAGAAGGAGCCACUGAACAGCCAGAGCAAAAGGACCAAGAGGCGCAAGGAAAGCUCCGACUCUCAGCACAGUGAAAAGGCCAAGAAGUCCCGCAAGAAGAAGCCCAAGAAAAGCAAAGAAAGGGGUGAAGAAUCAAAGAGGAUAUGUUCCCCCACACACACAUCAGACCCUGGUCUGUCAGACUCAGAGGAGGACUACUCGCUGUGUGCUGCGCCGUGGUGCAGAGAACCAGAGGGUGAUGAGGUAAACUGGGUCCAGUGUGAUGGCAGCUGUAAUCAGUGGUUCCACCAGGUCUGUGUGGGACUGUCUGCAGAGCGAGCAGAGAAGGAGGACUAUAUUUGCAUAAGCUGCACACAGCCAGACUAUGACAGAGGAGAAUGA